AUGGGGCUGACCUGGAAGAAGCGGGUCCUAACGGCCCUGCUAGGGGCCGCAGCGGCCUCAGGCCUCACCACGCUCAUUCUCCUCCUGGUGGAGGCCACCAGUGUCCUCCUGCCUGCAGACACCAAGUUUGGGAUCGUGUUUGACGCCGGGUCCUCUCACACAACCCUCUUUGUGUACCGCUGGCCGGCAGACAAGGAGAACAACACAGGUGUGGUCAGCCAGGCCCUGGCCUGCCAGGUGAAAGGGCCUGGAAUCUCCUCCUAUGCCUCCAAUCCUGCACAGGCUGGUGAGAGCCUGCAGGGCUGCCUGGAGGAGGCGCUGGCCCUGAUCCCGGAGGCACGGCGUCAGGAAACCCCCAUGUUCCUGGGGGCCACGGCCGGCAUGAGGCUGCUCAGCCAGAAGAACAGCUCUCAGGCAGGAGACAUCUUUGCUGCAGUCAGCCGGGUCCUGGGCCAGGCUCCCCUGGACUUUUGGGGUGCUGAGCUCCUGGCUGGGCAGGAUGAAGGUGCCUUGGGUUGGAUUACCAUCAACUAUGUCCUGGGCAUGCUGAUCAAGUACUCCUUCUCUGGAGAAUGGAUCCGGCCUCUGGAGGGGACCCUGGUGGGUGCCCUGGACAUGGGUGGAGCCUCCACCCAGAUCACCUUUGUGCCUGGAGGCCCCAUACUGGACAAGAGCACUCAGGCCACCUUCCGCCUCUACGGCUCUGAGCACAGGGUCUACACCCACAGCUACCUCUGUUUCGGGCGUGACCAGAUGCUGACCAGACUCCUGGCUCGGCUGGUGGAGAGCAGCCCCGGCCCCCUGGUCCGCCACCCAUGCUACCACAGCGGCUACUGGACCACGCUGUCCCCGGCCACCCUGUAUGAGUCACCCUGUGUCCACACCACACCCCCUCCAGACCUGGCCUGGAACCUCACGGUAGAAGGAACAGGGAACCCUGGGGCCUGCGUCUCCGCCAUCCGGGGCCUCUUCAACUUCUCCAGCUGUGAGGGCCGAGGACACUGUGCCUUCGAUGGGGUCUACCAGCCCCCCGUGCGGGGCCGGUUUUAUGCCUUCUCCAACUUCUACUACACCUUCCACUUCCUGAACCUCACCUCCAAGCAGCCGCUAGCCACCGUCAACGCCACUGUCUGGGAGUUCUGCCAGAGACCCUGGAAGCAGGUGGAGGCGAGCUCGCCAGGGCAGGACCGCCGGCUGCAGGACUACUGUGCCUCGGGCCUGUAUAUACUCACACUGCUGCGCGAGGGCUACGGGUUCAGGGAGGAGACCUGGCCCGACAUCGAGUUCCACAAGCAGGCCGGUGGCACUGACAUUGGCUGGACGCUGGGCUACAUGCUGAACCUGACCGGCGUGAUCCUGGCCGAGGCGCCCGCCCGGUGGCGGGCGGAGAGCUAUGGCAUCUGGGCAGCUGGGGUCGUCUUUGCGGGGCUGACUCUCUUGGCUACUCUUGGGGCUGUGGCAGUCCACCUCCUGUGGCCCCGGGGCUAA